UCAAACUCACAGCAACGUGGGUAGGCUACUCUUCUAACAAAAAUACCUCACCCUGAACCGCAGAGACUCAGCCAAGCUUGAAGCAGCAGAACCAGAUGCCCGAGAUCUUCUGCUCAGGGCAGAAAAGGGGAAGUUCUUGUCACAGAUGCACAGCUUUAGUUGCUGCUGGGUUUAUUGUUAUUUUGGGCCAUCACAGCUUGGCUGAAUCGGACCCUGGGAAAGUGCUGCACUCAGCUAAGCUGAGCUCCUCAGCCUUUGCCUGCAUCUUCACUAUCAGAUUUGGCCCUUGCAUGAAUCCACAAUGAGAAGCUUCUUUUGUCUGCUCAUCCUUCCAGGUAUCUUGGGUUAUGAAAAUAUGUUUACUAUUGCACCGAAUAAUCUGGCUGCGUGGGAAGGAUCCUGUAUUCUGAUUCCAUGCAAGAUCAGCCUAACAUAUAACAGGCUUCGGGUUGACAACUUCUUCCUGAUUUGGUAUUUUGACCCUGAGUAUGAAGACACUCUGAAAGAUUAUACUGGUAUCAUGUUAUACAAUGGCUCUUCGACCUCAGCGAACUACCUGACUCCAACAAGUCCCCACUUUCUGGAUCGGGUGAGGUUUGUUGGGAAUUUAAACAGCAGAAACUGCAGCCUGAAGAUCUCGCAUCUCCAGAAAAAUGACAGUGGCACAUAUGGAGCAAGACUUUAUGGCUUCGUCGGAAUGAACCGUCGCCUAGACAAGUGGUUUGCUGCUGCAGCUGUUAAUGUUAACGUGUCACCACCCAAACCCAAGAUAGAAAGCAGAAUGGCACAAAUCCAAGAACGGAUGCCAGCGACAGUGACCUGCUGGGUAUUUUACCACUGCCCCGAUGAGCCAAUUAUAUUGAUUUUCAGCGGCUUGGAGGAGAGUCGUAUGUCUUCCCAAAAAACAACCAAUAGAGAUGGAAAAGUUCAGACUGUUCUGAGUUUUACUCCAACUUGGGAGGAUCAUGGGAAAACGCUGACAUGCACUCUAAAAAGCCACAAUGGGACAGAGAUAUCCAGGAGCACCAUGACAUUGGAUGUGAAAUAUGGUCCCAAAAGAGUUAAGCUGAGCGCUAUGCCUGGAAUCACAGUCCGAGAAGGGGAGAAACUCUCUCUUGCAUGUACAGUCAACAAUAGCAACCCUGGAGUUACAUACCAAUGGUACUGGAAGGAUAUGCGGAAAUAUGAAUGGAUGAGCCCAAUAAAGGAAUUUGACUCUGUAGGAGAGCAAGAUUCUGGUGUCUAUCGCUGUACAGCUGAAAACACAGUUGGAUCCGGUAGCUCAGAACUGACCAUCAAUGUCCAGUAUCCACCAAAGGAUGUGAAGAUUGAUGUGCCACCGGGGAUAAUCAAAGAAGGGGACAACGUGGUUUUGCGGUGCUCUUCCCGAGGGAAUCCUGCCACCAACCGCCAUGGCUGGUAUAAAGAUAGUGAGUCUGGCAUAAUUGGAACUGACAAGGAGCUGCGUUUUGAGGCGAUCCAAUCCAGAGAUUCCAGUACCUAUUACUGCAUAGCCAGCAACACCAUUGGAAAUUCAACAUCCUCAUCCGUCACCCUGGACGUUCAGUUUGGUCCCAAGGAUGUGAAAGUUGUGCGAGAACCCCAGGGGCUGAUCACUGAAGGCAGCUUUGUUAAGCUGAGAUGCGAAGUGAGAGAAGCCAACCCCCAGGAGCUCACCUACAUAUGGUACAAAGACAGGCAACAGCUGCAGCUGGACUCUACGGUGACCAUCCCGAAAGUGACCCCUGAGCAUUCUGGCAGUUACUAUUGUGAAGCAAGCAACCAAGUAGGCUCAGCACAGUCCUCACCAGUUUGGCUGAGUGUCCGUUCUACCUGCCUGGACGUGCUACCCCAUGCCACCUCUGGGCCUAUACCCAAGACAAAAGAUGAAGAGACACAGGCUUCCUCGCUACCAGGCUGCACCCUGGAACAGAUCUGCUCCUUGUGUCCGACGACUCAGGCUUCUCCCCAGCCUCAACCAUCCUCUCCAACCCCGCUUGCUCUUCCUUCCUCUUCUCAGACACCCUGCAAGUGCAAUGCUUUCUGGGAAGAGUUCUGCUCCACCAGGAAAUCGCAGGGUCAAAACAAGAUCCUUAGCAUGAUCAGUGAAUUAAGAUCUGCAAUUGACAAACUCAUAAAUGAGCUGCAGCAAGCAAGGCGCUGGAUCCAGGACCUUGAAUCUUAGGCCAGUGGUGUCAGGUGGACGGAGUCAGAUGAAGCAGUAGAAGAGAAUGAUUCAAACACCUUUCUCAUGUGUUUUGAUGUUUCUGCCUUAUGUUCAAUUCCUAUUUCUAAUUUUGCCUUGUGUUAACACCCAUUUAAAAAGCUGGCUGAGGGCUGCAAUCAAGAUUCAUAUUUUUAUUUUUAUUGUUUUUUGCCUUGCAGAAUAAACUAAUGAUGGGGAACACCAGUUAAAUGAACAGAACUCUGAUUCUACCCCUGCACUGUUUUCUGAACAGCUGGUGUCUUGAUUCUAAUGAGUGUGUGUGAAAACAAGCCGGCUGUUUGAAACUGAAAUUAACAUCCAUUGCUCCUCCUACUUAAUCUCUGGUCCUGCCCACCACUGGCGCACAGUUGAUAGAAGGUUGCCCAGGACAGAGUGCAGUCCUUGGGAUGAGUAAGGUUGACCACAUCUGUUCUAAUCCAAAUUUAACCCUCAUUUGGCAAUUCUGUUCUUAGCUGUUAGUUUCCUCCUGUAGCUUGCUGAGCUGAUCAAAGUGUUUUUAAAUAAAAUAUUAAACAUUAGUGUUGGCAUUGCUAACUAAAAAUGAAUACUGCUAUACAAAGCAAUGGCUAGUCUGCAUGAUUUGGUGUGUGUUUUUGGUUUUUUACAGAAUGCUGUAUUCUUCCUUUGGGUUGCUCUGUA